AUGGUCUCGCAACAGGAUACCGAAGCGCCCAAGCCGGAUCGACACUUUGUCGAUGCCGCCCAGCCGGGUUCGGUCAUGGUCGUCGCCGCUCCUAGCGAGAUGCGGUCGGCCAUCUGGGGAGGUCUGAUGACGGCGCGCGCCCAGCACCUCGGCGUGCGCGGCGUCGUGCUGGAUGGACGGUGUCGCGACCUGGAAGAGCACCGCGAUGCAAAGUUCCCGGUGUUUGCACGGGGCCACUCGACACUGGGCCAAUCGCCAUUCACGCGCCCCUCUGAACUACAGGUGCCCGUGACGAUCCGCGAUCCGACCUCGCCCUCGUUCCCCGCCCUCACCGUCCACCCGGGCGACGCGGUGCUGGCCGACAUCGACGGCGUCGUCGUCGUACCGGCCCACCUCGUCGACCAGGUCCUCGCGCUCGCCGCAAAGUCGCGCGACGUCGACGAAAAGUGCAUGCGUGACCUCCGCAACGGCCACGGUGUCCAGGAGACGUUUGCAAAGUGGCGCGGCAAGUAG